GCCCUCAGCCUCAAGUCGCAGGCCAACACGCACUUCAGCAGUUCUCGGUACCGCGAGGCGCUCGACCUGUACACUGCAUCGCUCAACAAGAACCCGUUCGACCCGAUCGUGUGGAGCAACCGCGCCGCGGUCCGGUUGAAGCUCGAGGAGUACGGCUUGGGCGCCUCGCUUCCCUUCCGCACCCAGGUGCAGGUGCUCACUCGGACCUUCUCCGCGCAGGCGUACUACCGACGAGCUCUCGCCAACCUCGCCAUCCUCAAGCCAAAGGCUGCGAUCGUCGACCUGAAGAAGGUGAUCUCGCUCGACCCGAAGAACGCCGCCGCCAAGUCGCAGCUCGAUGCGACCCAGAAGCUCGUACGGCGCUUGGCGUUCGAGUCGGCGAUCAAGGGCAAGGAGGAAGAGGCGCCGAGCGUGACGCUUCAGAAGCAGCUCGACGACGGCGCGUUCCCCAUCCCGUCCGACUAUGACGGUCCGCGACUCGACGGCGACGCUCGCCCGACCUCGGACUUUGUCGACGCGAUGGUCGAGCACUUCAAGGCGGGCAAGCUCCUGCCCAAGCGCAUCGUGUGGCAGAUCCUCAUCGGCGCCUACAACAUCUUGAAGGAGGAGGAAACGCUCGUCGACGUGCCCAUUCCCGAGGGCCAGACGGUCGACGUCAUCGGCGACGUCCAUGGCCAGUUCUACGACUUCAUGCACCUCUUGACGCUCACCGGCGCGCCGUCGUCGUCACACACGCUCGUUUUCGACGGCGACCUCGUCGACCGCGGUUCCUGGAGCGUCGAGAUCCUCCUCACCGUCUUCUGCUACAAGUGGUUGUACCCGCGCAACGUCUUCAUCAACCGCGGCAACCACGAGACGAGCGACAUGAACCGGGUCUACGGCUACGAGGGUGAGAGCACAAAGAAGUACGGCCCGCAGACGUUCAAGCUGUCCGAGGAGAUCUUCACCGCCUUGCCCCUCGCGACCCUCAUCACCGCCUCGGAGCCGCCUCGGUCCGACGCGUCGCCCAACCCGCCCAACCCGACGCUGUGCAAGGGCGUCAAGCGGUUCUUUGUCGUGCACGGUGGCCUGUUCAGCCGGGACGACGUGACCCUCGACGACGUGCGGGCGAUCCCGAGGAUGAAGCUCAAGCAGCCGGGCCAGGAGGGCCUCAUGUGCGAGAUGCUCUGGUGCGACGCUCCCGGCCGUGGACCGUCGAAGCGAGGCGUCGGGCUUGGCUUUGGUCCCGACAUUACGCGGGCCUGGACCGAGAAGAACGAGAUCACGGCCGUCAUCCGGGCGCACGAGGUGCGCCAGGGCGGGUACAGCGUCGAGCACGGCGGCCUCCUCAUCACGGUCUUCAGCGCACCCAACUAUGUCGACCAGGUCGGGAACCUCGCAGCGUUUGCUCGCAUCGACUCGUCGGGCGAGAUGAAGUUCACGACGUUCGAAGCGCAGCCGGUGCGCCCCUGUCCUCCUGCCCCCCUCUCGUCCUCGACGACGACCUGGAUCUGA